AUGCCACAAACCCCUUCUCUGGUAGCCAUGUUUGACAGCAGUACUUUUAACCGUAACGUGUAUCAAUCCAAAGAAGAGAGUUCUGCUUGACUUGUAUUACCAAGAAAAUAAUUGCUAUCUGGCUCCCUGGAAGCACUCAUUCAGCACCUGGUGCCCAGCGUGGAUUACUAUCCGGAUAGAACAUACAUCUUCACCUUCCUUCUCAGCUCUCGACUCUUCCUUCAUCCCUUUGAAUUGAUGGCUAAAGUCUGUCAUGUUUGUAUUGAACAGCAGCGACUAAAUGAGCCAGGCACUGAUAAGAGCCACACCAGAAAAAUUGCACCUAAAAUCCUUCAGCUGCUGACAGAAUGGACCGAGACCUUCCCUUAUGACUUCAGAGAUGAGAGAAUGAUGAGAAACCUAAAGGACACAGCUCACCGCAUCACUCAUGGAGAUGAGAUGUACAGAAAAACUGUCCAGCAAAUUAUCCAAAACCUUAUCCGGAAAUUGGCUGCUUUGAGCCAGUAUGAAGAACUUAUUGCCAAAAUUAAUGCCCAGUCUGCUGAUCGUAUGGCCAUCCUAAAGAGCAAACCACAGUCCAUACAGAGGGAUAUCAUCAGUAUCUGUAGCGACCCCUAUACUUUAGCUCAGCAGCUAACUCAUAUAGAGCUGGAGAGACUAAGUUACAUUGGGCCAGAAGAGUUUGUACAAGCUUUUGUGCAGAAGGAUCCAUUAGACAAUAAUGAGAGUUGUUACAGCGACCGGAAAAGGACUCGGAAUUUAGAAGCCUAUGUAGAGUGGUUUAAUCGGCUAAGUUACCUUGUUGCAACAGAAAUCUGCAUGCCUGUUAAGAAGAAGCACAGAGCCAGGAUAAUUGAGUUCUUCAUUGACGUUGCAAGGGAAUGUUUCAACAUCGGAAAUUUCAACUCCCUCAUGGCGAUAAUUUCUGGCAUGAACAUGAGCCCUGUGUCUCGGCUAAAGAAAACGUGGGCAAAAGUCAAGACUGCAAAGUUUGAUAUACUAGAGCAUCAGAUGGAUCCUUCAAAGCAACUUUUACAAUUACAGAACGGCUCUGCGUGGGGCAGCUCAAAGGUCUCUAACAGCCCACAGCAACCGGGAGAAGAUUGUGAUCCCAUUCUGCAGCCUUCUGAUUAAAGACAUCUACUUUCUGAAUGAGGGCUGUACCAGUCGUCUGCCUAAUGGACAUGUCAAUUUUGAAAAAUUCUGGGAGUUGGCAAAGCAAGUCAGCGAGUUCAUGGUUUGGAAGCAAGUUGAGUGUCCUUUUGAAAAAGAUCGGAAGAUCUUGCAUUAUGUGCUGACUGCUCCAAUAUUCAGUGAAGAUGGACUAUAUUUGGCUUCAUAUGAGAAUGAGAGUCCCGAGAAUCACAUUGAAAAGGACAGAUGGAAAAGUCUGAGGUGUGUGUCAAGGUCCAUGCCAGUCCUCAAGCCUGGGUGUAUUUCUGCCACAUUGGAUAGUCACAUUCAGUCUGUUUGCAAAGUCCAGUGA